CUGGCUGAGGGUGGAGAGUGAGACAUUUUUUGAAUUUGCGCUCAGUUACUGCAGGAAAUCUUUGGCAGCAGACCUCCACAUUUUCCCAAGGGUAAUCACAAGGAUGAAGGUUGAUAUUCAUAAUCAUAUUUUACCAAAGGAGUGGCCCGAUCUGAAGCAGAGGUAUGGAUAUGAUGGGUUUGUCCAGCUUCACCAUCACUGCAAGGGCGAAGCAGACAUGAUGAAGGAUGGGAAGCUGUUCCGAGUGAUUCAAGAGAACUGCUGGGAUGCAGACGCACGCAUAAGGGACAUGGAUCAACAUGGUGUCACAGUUCAAGCCCUUUCUACUGUCCCUGUGAUGUUCAGUUACUGGGCCAAACCUCAUGACACACUGGAUCUCUGUACCAUUCUAAAUAACGAUUUGGCCGAGACAGUGCGCAGUCACCCCAAGAGGUUUGUGGGCCUGGGCACUCUGCCUAUGCAGGCCCCCGACUUGGCCGUGCUAGAGAUGAGGCGCUGCGUGAAGGAGCUGGGCUUCCCUGGGGUGCAGAUUGGCUCACACAUCAACAACUGGGACCUCAAUGCCACUGAACUCCAUCCUUUCUUUGCUGCAGCUGAGGAGCUGGGCUGCUCCAUAUUUGUCCACCCGUGGGACAUGCAGACAGAUGGGCGGAUGGCUAAGUAUUGGCUGCCCUGGCUGGUGGGCAUGCCGUCAGAGACAACCAUGGCUAUUUGCUCGAUGAUAUUUGGAGGCAUAUUCGAGAAGUUUCCGAAACUCAAAGUCUGCUUUGCACAUGGAGGUGGCUCUUUUCCAUUCACUGUUGGCAGAAUUGAACACGGACACACAGUCCGUCCUGACCUGUGUGCAGUGGACAACAAGAUCAGUCCACGGAAAUACCUCGGUUCUUUCUACACCGACUCCCUAGUUCACGAUCCUAUCGCCCUGAAGCUGCUCACUGAUGUUAUUGGACAAGACAAAGUGAUGCUGGGAACAGAUUAUCCGUUCCCGCUGGGUGAGCUGCAACCUGGAUCACUAAUUGAAUCAAUGGAUGAAUUUGAUGACAAACUAAAGGAUAAAUUGCUUGCUGGAAAUGCACUGGAAUUUUUGGGCCUGAAGAGACAGCAGUUCGAGUGACACACAGUGUUACACUCGGUGAUUCAGUGCAAAGGCUUUAUGCAUAUUUGGCUGGUUGUUGUUUGAUAUAAUAAAGGAUUUCACUG